UUGCAUAAAUAUCCUGAGGUAGCCAAAUUCUGCAGUUUGAAGCCCAGAAUUACUUGUGCUACAAAAACCUUAAUUCAGAGCUUAUUGUUGCAGCUCUUGUAUCCCUAAUGAGCUAUAAUGCAAGUACUAAAAGCAGGUGGUGCUCUGAGUGACUGUUACGAGGCACAAAAAUCAUCCAUUAAAGUUGUCCAGUGAUGAUGAUAAAAAUAUGUGUCAGACCCAGGCUGGUCAGGACCUGUGAUUGCAAUUUCUGUAUCCAAAUGUUCUGUGUGAAAUUUCUCCUUUAAACUAUUAGAGUUGAAUUUCCUCAUCCGUGGGCUUAGAGUCAAAAUACCCUGCUUCUGUAAUUCUUUGUUGGCAGUGCUGCUAUUCUGAAAUUUCAUCUGAAGUAAUACUUAGCAACUCUUUCGUGCUGGUUUUGCUAAACCUAGGCAUUCCAUUUUUGCCUAAACACUUCUAUCCUAGUUUAACAUAUAGCCAUCUGCUUAUUUUUCUCUUUUGUCACUAUUGUUCUGAUUUCUUUUUCAGUCAGGCUUUUCAUUCUCUUAGCAAUUAUUCUGAUGCAUCUGAGAUUCAGGUUAUUGAGUAGCUUCUCCCCAGCUUGCCUGGGCUGGCUGGCACCCCUUGCUGACCCCAUGCUCCUGUUGAUGUCUGCCCAUCACUUUUCAUACGUGAAUUAAUGAAGGUGUAAUGGGGAGGAGUGGUUGUCACUCCAAAUCCACCCCCACACACGUAUCAUGGAUUGAAACAUGCUUUGAUAAAUGUUUAUGAUGAUUCUGCACCAGGACACCAUGAGGAGAGAGAUCUGAGGCCUGGGAAGGGGGUCAGGUGUAGGGAACAGGCCCUGCCAAGGGCUGUGUUUCAGGUGGUUUUGCAACACUUUCUACUUGAUCAUUUUUAUCCUUCAGUUUCUGUGUAAAUCUGUGUUAAGCUUUAUUCAUAAACAUUCAGAACCACUUGGGAGCUGGAACUAAAAGGUGAAAGUCUUAUUUACAAUUUGUCAUAAUGCUGUGUGCUGCUGCUGAGCCCUUUUCUCUUGUUUCUCCCCUGUGUUCCCAGAUAAAAUGAGAAUGGUGGUACACAGUGUACUAGGAAGUUGUGAGGGUUAAUGACUCACCCCACUAUGCUCUGAACAUUACAGAGUGCUUGUCUCUGCAUAAAGAUUCUGCAUUUCUGAUAUAAGUUGAAGAAUUCAAACAGAUAUUUUGAAAAGCAUCUCUUUGUAUCUAAGUCAUGUAUUCUAAGAGUUUUGUGUGGCUAUUGCUGCAAAGUUUAUUGGAAAAAUAGUGGGAGGACUGUCCCCAUUUAAGUUGCCUGAGUGGUAGAAGGGCAAAGCUUAUAGUGUUUUCAGAUGAGUACAGCCAAAAUUCUGCCACUUGACUUGAGCCUGCUUUUGUGUGGUGAAAUUGCAAAUAGAAUAUGAAAAUGUUUGUUGUGAAAGAUAAAUUUGUAGAAAUUGUUGUAUUUGAUACUUUUCCUUUUUAAGUAGAAACAAUAUAAAGAGCUGAAUUCAGAACAGAGCAAAUCUCAGUGUUGUUGCUGUGAUUGUAUAAAACUGCAGUGCUCUGCUCUACAUUUGCCAUUAAACUGUUUAUAAUAGUUAAAAUGUCAUUCCAGAGGAGAGUUUGGCAUAGGACUUCUUUUCCUAGGCAGAGAAAGCCAUUUUAUUCCAUGUAUGGACCUGGUCUCUCAAAGCUAUUUUAGUGAGUAGCUAGAAAAUAUUUUUUAGUGAGGCAUGAUUUCAUUUGUGUUUACGUGCAUUGGCCAAUUUAAUGAGGGAGCUACACUGUUCUGCAAUUCUGCUCUGCAUUAUUUCAAGGAAAAAACAGGAAUUUUUGUUUGCAGGCUGGAUUAUGUGCUUUUUUAAACAGUUUUAAAAAACCACAUCUUGAAAUCACUGUAUUUUAAGUUUAGCUACUGAAGAAUGAAAACCUUCUGUGCCUAAGAAGAAACUCUGUUAAAAAAAAUAACAUCCCCUAUUGGUGUUAAUCAACGUUGCCUUUAACAGAACCAAGCCGUUUUUAAACCAUUGCAAGCACUGAUUCCAGCUUUCACAUCUCACUCUUCAGAAAAGCAUUAAUUUCUGUUGUUAGAGCACAGUGACAGGAGGGUGAAGAAGAUCCACUGGUUCUACAGUGGAAUCAAAAACCUUUCUUUAAGCUUUCAUCUUUUGGACUAUAUUGUGGCAGAUAUGCAAAAAUCUGAUGUAAGGAUAUAGGAUAGAACUGUACUACUCUGGGAAUAGAAGCUGGAUAUUUGCUCCCAGGACAGCUUCCCAAAAGGAAGGAUCCCCAAAGGGUGGUAAGGCAUCAAUCAAACAUUGAUAAAUGUUUGACUUUAUCUAAAUUUUGACACUGUUCAAUGCUUAAGAAAUAAUUUUCAGUCUUUUUCUGUGUGAAGCACUGUUCGGUAUUUGUUUAGAGAAUCCUCCCUGGUAAUAAUUGAUAUGAUGUGAUUUAUUAACUUGGAGGAAAUGUUAUAAAAGUGGUGUUUGUAUAUCUUAAUAAUAGAUAUAAUUAGAAAGAGUAGUCUUUUAUGCCAUCCUUUGAAAGUGCAGAAUCUAUAAGUAGCAAAUGGUUACACACUAGUAAGGCUGUCCAGUCUCCUCCAUAUAUAUUCUAAAAAGUCCUUUAUUCUUCUUCUAGGGGACUUGUCUCUGGAAUUAAAGGGCAAAUUGCACCUCUGGCAACACAUGCAGCCUUUGUGUUGAGACUACUUACUGACUGCUGACAUCCAUUGUUAUAAUCUUUAUACUUUAAGUGACCUGGAGUCAGAUUUUCAAGGAGGACUCCAGAACAUACCUGUAGAGCUGCAGCUUCUGUUUCUCCGAGCUCUGCCAAAGGUAUGAGCUGUUAUGUAGCAGUUGCAUGUGAAGAGAAGACAGAGUACAAGUUGUUGUCAGAAGAUCCUGUCCUAGGCUGGGCCUGAAAGUUCAUCCAGCUGACUGACAUAAACAAAAUCCAGAAGUGAAAAAGGCAAGUCCCUCUGCCACAAUGAGCUCUGAACAUGAAGAAAUUGAUGUUGCAAAAACUGUUGUCAAUGGGCUGAGCAGCAAUGGACAAGAAAAAGCUGUUGACGUCCCUUUAUGUACACGUUCUAUUUCUGCCGUUAAAAUAAUCCCUGUGAAGAAAGUGAAAAGUUCUCCUCACCUAGUGCUGCCUACAGAAAUGGAUCCCACAAAAGUCUGCAGUGGAAAAGGAGCUGUAACCCUCCGGGCAACUCCAUCCAAUGAAGGGAAUCGGAAUAUCACUUCACCAUGUCCUCAGGAUGCUGAGCAACCUGAAAGUCUGGAGUCAGAAAACUCAGAAACAGAUGAUUGGAGGCCGUCGUCUAACACUGAUGCCAAUGGGGAUGCCCAGCCGUCUUCUCUGGCUGCCAAGGGUUACAGGAGUGUGCGCCCGAACCUUUCUUCAGACAGCAAGCCACAGGCCCUUGCUCCUCCCCGUCCUCCUCUUCCCAAAGAGGAGAGCUUUGCAUGGCGUCCUCGCACUGACACUAAAGCGACCAACCUGUUGCCAGUGCCCAUCAUGGACUGUGUGUACCUGAAUGCACCCAAGCCUUAUACACAGCGUGCAUCACCAAGCACCAGUGCACGCUGUUAUUUGUCAUCACCUACCCCCUAUGGGGCCAUCCCCAGUGGGAAGCAAGGCUGGCAAACAGGGCGUUCUCCCUCUUCAGGCCCCAAAGAUGAGGUGCAUGCUGGGCAGCCACUCUUGGAAAGUCACUCCUCGUCGGGUGCAGCAUCCAUACAACACAACCCUGACAGGGCAGAUCCCAGUAGUAAGGCUGGAAUGAAUUCCAGUCAUGAGACGAAGGCGGAUAAAAAGGUCAGCAAACUAUAUGUAGCUUGUUUAUCUAACAGCACUUGCUCAGGCGCAUCUCAAAAUUCCACUGGCACCACACAUGACCCAGCAGCCAGCACCAGUUUGGGCGCUGAGCUCACUCAGGCACCAGCCACCAACAUUGUUUCCUCUGUAACAGACACUGAAAAGUCUCUUCCUGCUGCUCCUCCUCCUCCUAUUCCUCCCAGGCCGUACUUUUACAUUGUCCUCAGCAAAGACGCAGUUAGUUAUGGUGCAGGCCAGCCCUCCCGGACUCAGUCAUCACCUCCGCAAGCUGUGAGGGACAGAGUGCUAGAGCCCCAGAGCACAACUGCCACAGAGGACAGGAUGAGAAAAGAGCCUUACCUUACCCAGCAGCGACAGCCACCAUACAAGGCAAUGGGACGCAGCAUGGAUGCCACUGCCACCACCUCAGCUCAGCCUGGAGUUAUAGUAGUCCCCCUCCUCCAGGUUAAUCCAGACAGACAACAAGAAGGCAGUUCCAGCACUCCACCACCGCCUCUGGUUCCUUUCGGGCAAGGCUCCGUAUUCCCUGAGAUUGUUUCUCCUGGCUCACCCUUGACUUUUCCAACUCUAGACGAUUUCAUUCCCCCACAUCUCCAGAGGGGCUCCCACCAUAACCAAGCACCCUCCACAUCUGGCACAUUACCCUCUGUUUACCCGAAACUGCCAUUCUUCUCAUCACCACCUUCACUUGUCCCUCCAGUCACGGGGGCUUUGCACAGGGGCUUGAAGCCUGAAAUCACUGGAGUCAUCUCACAUAAAGACCCAGGUCCUGUGCUAAAUGAAGUGCCCCAGCCUGGCACUGACUAUUCAACUUCCAUCACUUCCAUCAGCAAGUCUGCCUCUGCCUAUCCUUCUACCACAAUCGUCAAUCCCACCAUUGUCCUCUUGCAGCACAAUCGAGAACAGCAAAAAAGGCUUAGUAGCCUGGCAGAUUCAGUGCCAGACAGAUUAGUUUCUGAUAAAGUUGAUUCAGCACUGCUACGGGACAAGCCACUUCAGGAGACUGUGGCCAGCGAGAAGAGGGCAGUGGAAGAAAAGAGAAGCACUGUCAAGAGCCCUCACUACAUGGCUGAUACCUCUGUUGAUGAUAUUGGGAUUCCACUGAGGAAUACAGACAGAUCGAAGGACUGGUACAAGACGAUGUUCAAACAGAUCCACAAGCUAAAUAGAGAUGAAGAUUCUGAUUCAUGCUCUCCUCGUUAUUCCUAUUCUGAGGACAGCAGAACCCAAGUUCCCCGCUCCAAGAGUGAGAUGGACAACAUUGAUUCUGAGAAGGUUGUGAAGAGAUCUGCCACUUUGCCACUGCCAAACCGUACCUCAUCACUGAAAUCAAGCCCAGAAAGGACUGACUGGGAGCCUCCAGACAAGAAGGUGGACACCAGAAAAUACCGUGCAGAACCCAGGAGCAUUUAUGACUAUCAGCCAGGGAAGUCCUCUGUUCUGAACAACGAAAAGAUGACUCGGGAUAUAAGCCCAGAAGAGAUAGAUUUAAAGAAUGAACCUUGGUAUAAAUUCUUUUCGGAAUUGGAGUUUGGGAAACCGAGUGAUCUAGAAAAAGACCUCUACCUCUACCAGACUGAGUUAGAGGCAGAUUUAGAAAAAAUGGAGAAGCUUUAUAAAGCACCACAUAAAAAGCCACAGAAGAAUACAGCAGGUGUUGCUCCUCUGGAAACUUCCACAGACCAUUCUUCCUACUCCACUUAUUCACCCAACUACCAUGCAGUGAAGAGGGAGUCAGAGCUAGCUCUGGGGGACCCUGCUGCCUUGGAGAAUGAAAGGCAGAUUUACAAGAGUGUGCUGGAAGGUGGAGAUAUCCCAUUCCAGGGGCUGAGUGGUCUCAAGCGACCUUCAAGCUCUGCUUCCACAAAAGAUUCAGAAUCACCAAGGUAUUUUGCACCAGUUGAUUACAUGGAAACUCCAGAAGAAAUUCUCCGCAGGCGGCAUGAUGAUAAAGAGAAACUUUUAGAGGACCAGAGACGGCUUAAACGUGAGCAAGAAGAAGCUGAUAUUGCCGCUAGAAGGCACACAGGGGUUAUUCCAACGCACCAUCAGUUUAUCACUAAUGAACGAUUUGGGGACCUCCUAAAUGUAGACGAUACAGCAAAGAGGAAAUCUGGGUCAGAGAUGAGACCUGCUAGAGCCAAGUUUGACUUUAAAGCACAAACACUAAAGGAACUUCCGCUGCAAAAAGGAGAUAUUGUUUACAUUUACAAGCAGAUUGACCAGAAUUGGCUCGAAGGUGAACACCAUGGCAGAGUUGGCAUCUUCCCACGAUCAUAUGUAGAGUUCCUUCCACCAGCUGAGAAGGCUCAACCCAAAAAACCGUUACCAUUGCAAGUAUUGGAAUAUGGAGAUGCUAUUGCUAAGUUUAACUUCAAUGGGGAUACCCAAGUGGAAAUGUCCUUCAGGAAGGGUGAAAGGAUCACGUUGAUUCGACGAGUGGAUGAGAACUGGUAUGAAGGAAGAAUCUCUGGCACCAGUCGCCAAGGCAUCUUCCCUGUCACUUACGUGGAGGUUCUCAAACGGCCGGUGGUCAAAAAUGCCAUUGACUAUCCUGACCCACCAGUGUCCCUGUCCCCCAGCCGCAGCAUGACAGCUUCACCACAGCCUUCCCACCAUUCAUUGAGAGCUGGACCAGAUCUCACAGAGUCUGAAAAGAGCUAUGUGCAACCUCAAGCACAGCAGCAAGGAGCCAGCCCUGAGCGAAGUCAAACACCACGAGACAUAGUUAGCUACCAAGCCCUCUACAGCUACACUCCUCAGAAUGAUGAUGAGCUGGAACUGAGGGAUGGUGACAUUGUUGAUGUCAUGGAGAAAUGUGAUGAUGGCUGGUUUGUGGGUACAUCCAGGAGAACAAGGCAAUUUGGCACCUUCCCAGGCAACUACGUGAAGCUUCUGUACCUGUAAAAUAACAGUGAUCCCACCAUGACAAGGACGGGAUUCCUUUCCAGAUGGUGUUUUUAAACAGUGAAGAAACAGACAAUUUAUGAAUGUAAUAGACAAGAAAUGAGAAGUGUUAGGAGGAUGUGGUUAAGUGGUACACUAUUGAGUUGAAUGUGUAGCCCUGCUUCUAUGGAGUCAGGGUGUGAUUCGUUUGCUGAAGAAGAGACAGUUUCUAGUUUACAGUGCUGCCUUUGUGUAUUCCUCUCCCUUCCUCAGUAAGAGUUUUAAUGAUAAUCUUAAUUUGUACGGAGUACUUACCUCUGAGAAGGCUUCAGGGAAGCACAUGGUAUAGGUUUUGUUUGUGUGUUGAGAUAGGGUAGUGCUUUGGGGCAGUACUCAGACCUGCAGCUGCUCACCUUCGUUGGCACAGUUCAGGAGGCCAGGCUUGCUGCCCUGAUUCUGCCUUCCAUUUCCAUAGAAAACCCUUCCAUCAUGUCAUGCAUCUUAAGACCCAGCAGAGGCAGAGGACAGCUGAUACAAUUGAAUUGCAGAGCUCUGUGUGGAAAAGGAGUUUGGAACUGGUGGUUUAAUCCAGAGAAGUCAGCCAAAGCAUAAUGCAAGUGCUCAAAAAUCCCAAACCCUUUAAUAGCAUAUUACUGAUCUCUGCAGGGUUUUUCUUUUGUGCAGGGAGGGUGUGUGUGAGUGCAUUGUGUGCAAAAUGAACAGAAUUCCUGUUUUUUUAAAGAGAAAUCAGCCUAGUUGUGACAUUUUUCUGCACAAAGAAUAGAACCAAUAUACAGAACCCC